AUGACGGAGGUUUCGUGGAGCAAGUGGGACUUCAGCGGCUUGGACACUGCUGGGUCCGGUAAGGUUGAUGGCAUCCAGGAUCCAAUCGGAUACAAGCUGACUAUGGACAACAGCGGGGACGCUGCCGGAAAGAACAAGUCCAAGACCGCUAAUCAGGAGCUUCUAGAAAAGAAGGCGUGGGAAGUGGCGGUUGCACCCAUCCAGUCUGUGGGCAUGAACCUCUUCAUGCUUUGGAUGAGCGGGUCGUCUCCGGGAAUCUUCACAGUGAUGAUUUUAGGGUAUUGCUUGACCUCCAUUGUCGGGCAGUUCACCAAAGCCAAUGCGGCCUUCCAGAAUUUCAAGACGAUCGACACGACCUUGCAGUGGCUCGCCUACCUGGCGCUCUGUUCCGUGUCUCUGGCAUACCUUCUGUACCACAUGGCCGGGAUGGGCCUUCUGCCAAACUCUUCCGGCGAUUGGAUAGCUUUGAUUCCCAACGUGGAGGUCAUAGAGACAGCAGGUGGGGUUUUGAAAUGA